AUGAAUGGAUUGAACUAUGCUGAUUGGUCUGAACAAAUCCAUUAUCAGUUAGGAGUUCUAGACUUGGAUCUAGCAUUAGUCUCUGAAAAGCCAGCAGCCAUCAUAGAGACCAGUAUAGAAGUUGACAAGUCUCAUAAUGAGGCUUGGGAGCUGUCUAACAGGCUGAGCUUGAACUUAAUGAGGAUGACAAUGGCUGAAAAUGUUAAGACAUCAAUGCCCAAAAUGAACGAUGCUAGAGAGUACAUGUUAAAGAUUAAUGAAUACUCCCAAUCGGAUAUAACUGACAAAUCCAUAGUAGGGUAA